AUGGUCGACGGGUCCCAGGAACCCGGAGGAAGCGGGCAAGAGGACCAGGAGAAAGGUCUCAGCGCCCUGGAGGGAGUGGGUUUCCGAGUGGGCCAAGGACUCUCGGAGAGGCUGACAAAGGAGAUGCCGUCUUUCAAGGACGAGCUGGACGUCGUGAAGUUCCUCUGCAAGGAUCUGUGGAUCAACGUCUUCAAGAAGCAGGUUGACAAUCUGCGCACCAACCAUCAGGGAACCUACAUGCUGCAGGACAAUCAGUUCCUCCCCCUAAGCCAGCUGUCCAAUGGGAAGCAGUACCUGGAGGAGGCCCCCAAGUUUCUCGCCUUUACAUGUGGCCUUGUGAAGGGAGCUCUCUCCAACUUGGGCUUCGACAGCACGGUGACGGCCGAGGUGACGGCGAUGCCCUCCAGUAAAUUUCAAGUGGUGAUUCAGAAAUCCUGACCUGGCGCCGGUGGCUGGGAACGGGUGGAAGAGAGACGGCGGAGCAGGCGGCAGCCCUGUUUCAGUAGAGCUGGUUUCUGGGUACCGGGACGUCCUCGUUUUGCAAUAAAGCGCGUUUGAUUUUC